GGUUGUCCAGCAUGACGAGCCAGUUUUUAUUGUAAUGUGCAAGUACGAGAUAAAACUCUAACAAGAAAGAUAAAUUCGACGUGGCACUAAAGUUUUCCUUAGCAAGCAUUACAAUGCAGUUUUUGAAUGCGAUAAGCAGUUAGUUCCAUGCGAGAGGCAGCACAUCACAAUGUGAAGUCUCGCAGAAAUGAUACGUUACAUUUUCUUAAGUACAUGAAAGAGACUCGGUAACGAGGCCAUGUCGGACAUCGUGACGGUUUCUGUUGUGCAGGGGAAGCUCAGAGGAAGGGAAGCGACUACGAAAUCUGGAGGCACGUACUACAGCUUCCAAGGAAUCCCUUACGCCAAACCACCUAUCGGACCACUGCGUUUCAAGGCUCCUCAGCCAGCUGACUCCUGGGAUGGAAUGCGAGAUGCCCUCGUCGAAGGACCAAUCUGUUCUCAAAUUGAACUACUCAAGAAAGAAUUCAAAGGACAAGAGGACUGUUUGUACCUUAAUGUGUAUACUCCGAAGCUUCCAGGAGGAUCUGAGGAUUUCUUGAAGGCUGUCAUGGUGUGGAUCCACGGUGGUGGAUUCGCAAUGGGAGAUGGGAAUUCUUGGAUGUACGGGCCCGACUACCUGGUGGCUGAAGGAGUCGUCCUUGUCACCCUAAAUUACCGCCUGGGCCCUCUAGGUUUCCUCAGUACUGGCGACUCAGUGGUUCCUGGUAACAACGGUCUGAAGGACCAGGUGAUGGCCCAGCAGAACAUUGCGCAAUUUGGGGGGGAUCCUGGCAACGUUACUAUCUUCGGUGGAAGCUCCGGAGGUGCUUGUGUGCACUUUCAUAUGUUGUCUCCCAUGUCUGAAGGACUGUUCCAUCAUGCUAUAUCUCAAAGUGGAUCAGCUAUGAAUCCAUGGGCAUUCGACGAGAACCCUCGGAAGAAAGCAUUUACACUAGGAGAAGUCCUGGGAUGCAGGACGAACGACUCAAGCAAAUUAGUGGAAUUCCUUCGCUCAGUGUCAGUGCAGCGUCUUGUGGAGAGCCAGGAUAAAGUUAAAGUAAAGGAGGUGAAGUACAGAGGGAAAUGUCUGUUCACACCUGUAAUCGAGCGCGGAAGAAUUGAAGGACAAGAAAUUUUCCUUCAUGAUUCUCCCAUUGAUCUGAUGACUCAGGGAAGGUUCCAUAAAGUGCCUCUUAUAAUUGGAAUAACUUCACACGAGGGCCUACUCAUGCUUAAAGAGAUUCAAAUGAACCCACAACAACUGGACAUAUAUAACAAGAACUUCGAGCUCUUGGUUAAAAGAGUAAUCCACGUGGAGCUGAGUGCCAGUCAGUUGAAAGAAGCGGCCCGUAAAGUCAGGCGAUUCUAUUUUGGAGACCGGCCAUUGUGCCAGGAAACCUUACUGGAGUACGUGGAUCUGAACACUGAUGUUCAAUUUGUUCUUCCUAUCUACAUGCAAAUUGUACGACAUAUAUUACAUUCUACAUUCCCUGUAUACUGCUACCGGUUUUCAUUCGAUGGAAAACUGGCGUACCUGAAACAACUACUUGGAAUGACGCAGUACCCAGGUGUGUGUCAUUCUGAUGAGUUGGGUUACCUGUUUCGAGUGGGACACAUGGAUCCCGACUUGGAUCCUGACAGUCCAGAGGCGAAGACUCGAUCGCGACUCGUCAAGAUGUGGACAAACUUUGCGAAGACUGGGUGUCCGACUCCGAAGAAGGACUGGCUGGUCAAUGUGAUAUGGAAGCCCACUGUUCUCGGAGAACGCUGGUACCUGAACAUCGACACUGAGCUCACAACGCAUCUUCACUUGAACAAAGAACGUAUCACUUUCUGGGAAGACAUUUUUCGUUCCCUCGAAAACACCAGCAGCAGCAACCAACACGCAGCCAUGGCGGAGACAGUGAGUGUUCAAGUGUCCCAAGGGGGGCUGAGAGGAAGGAAAGUAGCAACCGAAACUGGGAAAACGUACUACAGCUUUCAGGGCAUUCCGUAUGCAAAGCCUCCCGUGGGAGCUCUCAGAUUCAAGGCUCCACAACCUGCAGACGCCUGGGAGGGAAUUCGCGACGCCAUUACUGAAGGCGCUGUCGCUCCGCAGGUAGCUGAGAUUAUCGGCACAGGGUACGCAGGAGAAGAAGACUGUCUCUUUCUCAAUGUCUAUACACCUCAACUCCCAAAAGACACAGCAGAAACCCUGAAACCAGUUAUGUUUUGGAUCCAUGGAGGUGGUUUCUACAUGGGUUUUUCAAACACAUCCUUCUAUGGCCCAGACUACCUCAUGACCGGUGACGUCAUCCUGGUCACACACAACUAUCGUCUGGGACCUCUAGGUGAUCCUGGCAACGUCACCAUCUUCGGGGAGAGCGCUGGGGGAGCUAGUGUUCAUCAUCAAAUGUUAUCACCAAUGUCAAAAGGGUUGUUUCAACGUGCGAUCUCUCAGAGCGGCUCGGCGCUCAAUCCGUGGGUUUUCUCAGAUUCCACAAUAGUUCGCAGGAAGGCUUUCAAACUGGGCGAAGUGUUGGGCUGUAAGACAACGAGUUCCAAGGAACUGGUGGAACACUUACGAGAAGUACCCGUAAGAGAACUUGUUGAAGUUGUGGACAAGGCCCUCACGGAGGAGGAGAAACAUCCUUUGCCGUUGUACUUUUCCCCAACGAAUGAAGAAGAAAAUGAGAGCGGAGAAGAAAUAUUUCUACCCGACAACCCAAUCAACAUCAUAGCACAAGAGAGAUUCCACAAGAUUCCAUUUAUUAUUGGAGUCACUGGAGCAGAGGGUAUAUUCUUACUAAAAGAUGCUGAACAAAAUCCAGAAUGGAUUGAGUCACUAAACGAAAACUUUGAGCCUCUCAUAACAACGAACCUUAACGUUGACAAGAAUACAGAUGAAUCCAAGUGUAUUGCUAAUAAAGUAAAGAAAUUUUACUUUGGAGACGAAAAGAUCUGUAAGAAGACUUGGCAGCAAUAUGUUGAAUUUUUCAGUGACAUGUGGUUCUUGUAUGGAAUCAACUUAGCCGUCAAGAUGCAUGAGGCAGUUUCACAGACACCCAUAUACUUUUAUAGAUUUGCAUAUGAUGGGAAAAUGGGGCUCACUGACAUGCUGUUUGGAACCGACCGUUUGCCAGGUGCAUCCCACGGUGAUGACAUUGGGUACCUCUUCCAUAUGUCUCACCACGACAAGCUCCAUCUGGGCCCCGAAGAUGAAUGCAUUGAGGUAUCAAAUAGAAUGGUGAAGAUGUGGACCAAUUUCGCAAAGACAGGGAACCCAACUCCAGAGUAUGAUCCGCUGCUGGAAGUAACGUGGGAGGCAGUCUCCAAAUCAAACUACGUCUACCUGAAUAUUGACAAGGAUUUGAGGAUGAAGAAAGAUCUUGAGAAAGAGCGACUGACCUUCUGGGAGGAUGUUUACUCUUCGCUUAUAGUACCCGUCGGAUACUGCGUUCAGAAGUUAACUCCUAACACAAAUAUGCCAGAAACAGUGAUUGUCCGAGUGACUCAAGGGGGCCUAAGAGGGAAGAAGCAGACAGCAAAAACUGGUGCAGCGUAUUACAGUUUCCAAGGGAUUCCUUAUGCUAAACCACCUGUGGGGCAUCUCAGGUUCAAGGCUCCUGAACCAGCCCAGCCGUGGGAAGGGAUUCGCGAUGCGCGUACAGAGGGGUCUGUUUCGCCUCAAAUAAGUUUUAAAGCAGUCGAUGUCGUCUUCGGAGAUGAAGAUUGUUUGUUCCUCAACGUGUACACACCACAGUUACCACCUAACGAUGUCCUGAAGCCAGUCAUGGUUUAUUUGCACGGAGGAGCCUUCUAUUUCGGAUCUGGAAAUACGGAUAUGUUCGGACCUGGUCGUCUGAUGACCGGAGAAGUCAUUCUAGUUACCACCAACUAUCGUCUAGGAGCGCUAGGAUUCCUCACUACUGGUGACUGUGGCAAUGGCCUGAAGGACCAGGUGAUGGCUCUGCGCUGGGUUCAGCAAAACAUUGCGCAGUUUGGGGGGGAUCCUGGCAACGUCACUCUCUUCGGGGAGAGCGCUGGAGGUUCUUCUGUUCAGUUCCAUCUUCUCUCUCCGAUGUCAAAAGGACUGUUUCAUCGUGCAAUCGCUCAGAGUGGUUCUGUACUCAAUCCGUGGGCCUUCGCAGAUUCAUCGACUCUUUGCAAAAGAGUUCAAAGAUUUUGCAAGGCGCUGGGCUGUGAAGCAACUUCUUCUGAGGAGCUGGUUGAAUUUCUCAUGAAGGUUCCUACAGAAGAACUUGUGCUGGGGGUGAAUAAGGCUCUCACAGAAGAGGAAAAGCGACCAAUUGCAACUCUGUUUGUACCAACAAAUGAAAAUGGCGUUCAUGAAGGAGAAGAAACGUUUCUUCCUGGGCUACCAGAAUAUCUGAUGGCAGAAGGAAAAUUUCACAGCGUUCCCUUCAUUACUGGAGUCACUACUUUGGAGUCCAUCUUCGUCUUGGGAGACAUUAGCGCCAAAUCUGAGCUGAGAGAAUUUCUGAAUAACAAGUUUCAUGUAAUUAUAUCCAUGUUUCUUAAUAUUGAUGAAAACUCGAACAAGUGCCGAGAAAUCAGCAGAAAAAUAAAAUCAUUCUAUCUCGGGAACAAACCGGUCUCCAAGGAAACGUUGCAAGAAGUAGCGGAAUUUUACAGCGACAUAUUCUUCGUCAGUGGAGUUUACAGAUCCGCUAAGAAACACCAAGCAAAAUCCUCUUCUCCGGUGUAUUUAUAUAAAUUUUCAUUUGAAGGAAACAUGGGAAUAUCUUCAGCUUGGAUUGGGCCAAAUCUCUUGCCAGGAGCCAGCCAUGGAGACGACUUGGGAUAUUUAUUCGACGGGACUCUGUUUGAGGAUCUACAUUCAAAAGCUGAUGCCGAAAGUAAGAGGAUGUCUGAACAACUUGUUCGCACGUGGACCACCUUUGCAACCACAGGGGAUCCAAGUCUGGGGUCUGACAAGUCUGGCAGUGUAAUUUGGAACCCUGUUACCGAGAACGAAGUUGUUUACAUGGACAUCGACAAGGAAUGGAGUAUGAAGCGAGAUUUUUUCAAAGAUCGCAUGGCAUUCUGGGACGAGAUAUAUGAAUCACUCUGAGGAGAAAUACAAACAUGAUAUGUAAUACUUAUGAAUAUAAUUACAUUUUCAAAUUUC